UGGAACGAACUUGACCCUGAGCGAAAGUGACAGCGUCCUUUGUACGGAGAACACUUCCGGAGAACAUGAGAUUCCCGUAACGAACCAAAGAUGGAGAACCAAGCUUUCGAGGAGGAGCAACAACCGCGGCUCGAAGAGACCGCGAAUCCGCGCUCCUUCAGUUUCCGUUCGUCGAGCAGGCUCGAAGAAACGGACACGGAUAACCACGUGUACGAGGACAUUUUACCCGGCAUAGAAGAGGUAUCGACGUCGUCCGACGUCGAGGAUCUUCGAUCAAAGAGCAGCGUUCAGCGUUCGUUCGACAUCGUCGAUUACGCGUCUCGAGAAGACGAAGCAGAGAUAUCCGGUGCGUUUCGACGCAAUCACACGUUGCCUUUUCGUCGAGGCGUCGGCCUCGAUUCGCUCGCCACCAGUUCCUCUGUUCGUCUGACGAAUCGAAGAAGGAACGCGUGCACCCAGGAGGCGGAAAUCGGGCCAGGAAACACGGUCCUCGUCGACGAUGACUUCGGCCAAUCGACUACCUUGCAGAUCGAAUGCAAACCGAACAGAAGACGCAGAAAGAAGGACUGCAAACACUGUAGGAACAAAGCUGCCUCCUCGACGAACGAUGAAAACGAGACGGUUCUAAGGAAGAACAGAGACAAUCAACAAAGUUCGUACGCGACGGAGUCAAAAGCUCCUCUAACGAUACUCGAUCCGAGUCAUUUAUCCGAUAUACCCGCGGUGUCGUCUGUAAAAAGGAUGGACGAGGUGAACGGAUGCAACAAUUUGUCCUCGGUGUUUAGCAUCUCGGAAAAGGUAGCAGGAUCGAAGCUGAUCGAGUACGAGCGAAACAAUGGACAUCAGAAUCUUGUCAAGCCGAUGGAGAUGAAGGGAAACGACGUAGUUUCAUCGGAGAAGAAAACGCGAACGGGGAUGAGGGUGAACUCUAUCUACUCUCAGGAUCGCUGGUACGCGAAGGAGACACCUAAUAUAUUCUUCACCGAUGUCAAGGAACACUCUUCCUUUCAGAGGGCCAAUUCCCUGCCGCUGGGAAGCCAAACUCCGUCCUCCCAAAAUCGCAUCAACUUGCGACGAAGCGUCCGUGGAGAACCACCCCCGCAUCCGGCCAGACUUCGGAAACAUCGUCACGGUUGGACCAUGCAUCUGGCGCGUCCCAUCGAGACUUCCGGAUGCACCAGAUCGCUCGUCCUCCUCUUGAUUCUGAUAGUAACGCUGCUGGGAAUCGGCGCCAUGGCACUCUACAUCGUUUUCGAGCCCGAGAAGCUGCAGAUGAUUCAACAGUACCUGAAAUCGUCGACGAACGAAUCGUCGAACGGCAACACGCUGCUGGCAGGCACGCUUUUGCACGACGCGAGCAGCAGGGAAUUGAACGAUACUUGGACGACACCUGCGAACGAUACCGUCGCCGCGAGUAUUCUUUCGAACGGUGAUCAAUCGCUUCCGGAGAACACCAUGGUGGAAUUGGAAACGGAAGCCGCCAGUGCUUGGACCGUGAAUUCGACACGAUACUGCGACGACUGUUUGCCGGAGGAAGUUUGCGUGGCGUUGGUCGACGAGGAGGUACCGAUCUGUCGGGUCAGCCUCGACCCCCGUGAUCCGACUGGAUGCGCCGGCUUUUGUCUGGUCAACAAGCAAAAGUGUCAUCGUCUCGACGUGGAUGCUUUUAGGUGCGUGGACAUCGAGCACUAUUGUCUGGACGACGAGUGGACCUGCUCGAACACCCUCUGCAUCCCCGUCGACAAACGUUGCGACGGUCAUAUGAAUUGUUACGAUCAUUCGGACGAGUACAAUUGCGUCUGCGAUCCGGAGACGCAUUUCCAGUGCGGUAACGAGACUUCCUGCCUUCCGUUGGAAAAGAGAUGCGACGGCAAGAUAGAUUGCUGGGACGCGGCCGACGAGAUUAAUUGCACGUUAGGUCGUAAUCUCGGUUGGUCAUGUCCAUCGGAAAACGAGUUCACGUGCAGCAACGGGCAGUGCAUAUUGAAAGCGCGUUUUUGCGACGGCCUGCCGGACUGUCUCGACGGAUCCGACGAACCCCACGGCUGCCAAGGACGGUGCAACAAGCAUGAAUUUACAUGCCAAAACAACAGAUGCAUCACAAAAGGAAUGAAGUGCAACGGUGUCGACGAUUGCGGCGACGGAACCGACGAGAGGCAUUGUAAAGAUCGAAUUUCCUAGCCGAUAAUCACGCGUUUACAGUAUUCUUUUUCUAUAACAGAUACCCGUGUAAGUAAUUGUACAUAAUUGUGUUGUAUAGGCACACGCAGUGGUACGUAAUAAAUGGUUUUGACAAUCGUAAAUACUUAACACCAGGAUAAUAAUUAGGAAACGAUACUUUCUUCUUUUUUAUUGAUACGUUAUAUUUCCAAUUACAGUAGCAAUUCUUUUUACCACAAUGAUUAUUUCUUGCGUGUCUUAACAUUAUUCUUCACCUAUUGUGAAUAAGAUAUAUAUAUAAUAUAUGUACGUCUCUGUGUGUGUCUCUCUCUCUCUGUGUGUAUACAUAUAAGAAAGAUCUUAACUUGGAAGGUCGAUAUUUUUUACUCGUGAAAUCGUACUUAUACACACACGUACAAGAUUACGUAUACGUAGCUAUAUUUUUGUAUACAAUUAAUGAUUCCUCGAUGUUUUGUAUAAAGUAUUUUUCUUUUUUUUUCUCUUUUAAAUGUAUGCGACGUCAGAAUUUCAUCGCCGCGGAGUUUCUACCUAGUCUAUUUUUACCUAAACGAAAUGUUUCUCCUUUGAAUAAAAUAUAUACAAAUUAUAUGAUACGCA